AUGCUCACGCGAGCUGCCCGUCGGAGGCAUGCGCUGCAUUAUUUCCAACAGGCAGCGGAAAAGAUUCAAUUACCAUGGCUGUGUCCUGUUCUCGCGCAUCCCAGCACCUCGCACCACCAAUAUAGAUCGAUAACGUCCCGCCCAUCCAUCUCCCACUCCAGAACGUUGCCUGCACCCGUCACCCAAUCGAGACAUCUCGCCUCUCCGGCAGCUGUUCCUGAAAGCUUCGACCGCAGCGAUGACUAUAUUCCUUUCGUCUAUGGUCAUCAGGAAUAUACGGUCACCCCCCACCCACAUCGAAAUCUCACUGGAGAUCUCUCUCCCUUCGACCUUUCACAAAUUCUGAUGCUCGACAGCGCCGCAGAUCUCCUCCAAGACUAUGGCGAUAAUACUCGGAUUCCGGGUACAAAUACACGAAGAAAUAUAGACGAGAUUGAAGCAACGUUGGAUGCUUGCUUACACGUGCAUCGAUGGGAUCGAGCGUUCACACUUCUAUCACAUCUCGGCCUCCUAUACCAAAACAAUCCGGCUAAGCUACGGAACUCGUACAAUAGAGUUCUUGCUGCCAUGGUUGAUGAUCUUAUUUGGACCCGAAAUCCCCAAAAUGAAGCGCGAGUCAAUGAUUGGAUCGAAGUGCAUAUGAGAAAGGCUGGCCUAGAACCGGAUGCCCAUACCUUCGCAUUAAAAAUAAAAGCGGCGCUAGAGUCAUUGGUCGGGAAAAAGCAGGCUCGGACAGUGCGACGCUACUGGGAGAUGACAAAAAGAUAUGAGCUCGAGAGCAAGGUCUUGAGCUUACGAGAUAUUCUGGAUGAUCGUGAUCUUGGAAAACUCUCCCAAAUUUGUCCUGUUGAAGUGAAAGGCCUUGAAUCCGAUGGAUUUCUUUCGACUCUCGCAGAUGACGCUUCUGGAGAAACAAGGUCCGAGCCCGAGGAGCAUGUUCACGUCCGAGAGACCGAACAAAAAGGCCUCGGCUUGUCUGCCCUCAGACAAUCUCUGUCCAUAUUCUCCGGGCAAUCGACUUCGCAGCUUCACGCGGAUCCGCUGGGAGACCCUAACGUACCGAGACAGCAUCAAUUGGAAAGAGACGCAAUCAAUUCUGCGGUAGAACGAUGGAAAACUGAAUAUCACAAGCGAGCCAAAGCGGGAAUCACACCUGAUCUAGCCCAUGGAAAAAUCGGUGCUUUGCUUUGGCAGUGGCAUGAGAUUCUGGCUGAGAAGAUCGCAAACGAGGUAAAGCUGGCGAAAGAGGAGGACGGUACUUCUGGGAAGAAAUCGGUUCAUCAAAAAUUACGAGCCGAGUGUUCACCGUUUCUUGAGCUUCUCCCCCCUGAAAAAAUGGCCGCUGUCACUUCAAUCGCCAUGAUGCAAAUUAUGAGCAAGGUUGGAGCGUCCAAGCAGGUCAAGCUGGUUCGAUUGGUCACCGAUCUUGGCCAAGCGAUCGAAACCGAAUAUGACUCAGUUGAGCUAGCCCGGAAGAGAUCUGCUAUGCUAAAAAAGAAAGGAAAAAAGGAUGGGACAGUCCCAGGUACUGCAGGCGAAUGGGACAGCUCCUUGGAUACGAACGUGCAUAGACGAUCAACACACCAUUCCGCCUCCCCAUUCAUGUACAAGAGAAAUUGGUCCAAAGCUAUCCACGCCAAACUUGGCGCCAUUCUGGCUGAACUCAUGUUCGACACAGCCAAGAUCAUGAUAGCGAGGGAGGACAAAUCUACUGGAAAGACACUCUCCAUCGCCCAGCCGAUAUUUCUCCAUUCGACUAGCUACCAGAACGGUCGGAAGAUAGGCAUGGUCUCACUACAUGAAGAUUUUGUUGGCAUCCUAGUUUCUGAGCCGGCCCAACAUCUCAUUGCAAAGCAACUACCUAUGAUCUGCCCGCCAAGGCCAUGGAAAGGCUUUUACGACGGCGGGUUUUUGGAAUCUACACAACCAUUUUUACGCGUCAAACAUAACGAGACUGCCCAGAAGGAUUAUGGGAUAGCUGCCGCUGACCGAGGUGACCUCGAUCAACUUUUUGCGGGUGUCGACAUUCUCGGCCGAACCGGAUGGCGAAUCAACAAGGAUGUUUUCAAAGUCAUGCUUGAGGCCUGGAAUAGUGGAGAAGAAAUCGCCAAUCUACCGCCUCUGAACAAAACUUUCCCCGAGAUCGAGCGACCUGGUGAAAAUGCCACACCACGAGAACGCUGGAACUGGUUCAUAAAAGUUCGUACUAUGGAGAACGAAAGAAGUGGCAUCCAUUCCAACCGGUGUUUCCAGAAUUUUCAAAUGGAGAUCGCAAAGGCAUACCUGGAUGAGACAUUCUACCUGCCCCACAAUGUUGAUUUCCGUGGGCGAGCCUAUCCCAUUCCACCAUAUCUCAAUCAAAUGGGUGCCGACAAUGCUCGAGGGCUUCUCCUGUUUGACAAGGGCCGUGAACUUGGCACUGAUGGUCUUCGUUGGUUGAAAAUCCAUUUCGCCAAUGUUUACGGCUACGACAAGGCGAGCUUAUCUGAUCGUGCUCAAUUUCCAAUGGAUCACAUUGACGAUGUCUACGAUUCUGUCAGAAACCCGUUGACUGGUAGACGGUGGUGGCUGACUGCUGAGGAUCCUUGGCAGUGUCUAGCAACUUGCUUCGAACUCACCAAUGCACUCGACUCCCCAGACCCGACAAAAUUUGUGUCCAGACUCCCUAUUCACCAAGAUGGCUCUUGCAAUGGUUUACAACACUAUGCAGCCCUGGGGGGGGAUAUUGCUGGCGCCAAACAAGUCAAUUUGGAACCAGGUGACAAGCCUGCAGAUGUUUAUACGGGAGUCUGUGAGCUCGUCAAAGCGGAAAUCAAGGAAGAUGCGGCCAAAGGUGAUCCUUUGGCAAAGAUGCUAGAUGGCAAGUUGACCAGAAAGGUUGUCAAACAGACAGUCAUGACCAAUGUCUAUGGUGUCACAUUCCUCGGUGCCAUUAGGCAAGUUCGAAAGCAAGUGGAGGUUUUGAUCCCCGAGGUGGAAAAAGCCCAACUGUCGGGUAAGGCAUCAACGUACAUUGCAAGAAAAAUCUUCAAAGGACUCGGUGCGUUGUUUACUGGUGCACAUGAAAUUCAAUACUGGCUUGGCGAUUGUGCAAAUCGUAUCAGCUCAUCGAUAUCUCCCGCUCAGCAAGAGAAAAUUUACGAAAAGGCUUAUGGUGGCGAGCCCACGAUGACGGAACGCCCAGGGCGUAAAAAGGGCAAAAGCCAGGAAAUGCUUGAAUCUGGCAUAUUUCGUUCGACGAUUAUCUGGACGACGCCUCUCAAGCUGCCAGUUGUUCAGCCAUAUCGCAUCAACAAAGGUUUGAAAAUCCAGACAAAUCUACAGAACAUUACCUUGGCUCAGCCCAGCGUGGCGGAUUCCGUCAACAGACGGAAGCAAUUGCAAGCCUUCCCGCCGAAUUUCAUCCAUUCGCUUGACGCCACACAUAUGAUUCUUUCGGCCUUGAAAGCUAACGAGUUUGGCCUAACCUUUUCGGCGGUUCAUGACAGCUUUUGGACUCAUGCCGCUGAUGUCAAUGUUCUCAAUGCGCUUUUGCGAGAUGCCUUCAUCCGUAUGCAUAGCGAGGACAUUAUUGGGCGACUUGCCGCCGAGUUCAAAAUGCGAUACGAAGGCCACUAUUACCUGGCUCAUGUUAACAAGACCAAUGCUCUGGGCAAGGCAAUUCUUGCAUAUCGUAGGCAGCUGGUGGCAGAAGGCAUUUUGAAACCAAGUAAAGGCUCGAGAGCUAUUCCAGAACGAAGACAUAUUGAGUUGUUACGAGAGAUUCGAAAGAAGAAGUUGAUGGAGAGUGAGGAUCCUAAAGAGAAGGAGGAGGGUGAGAAGAUGGAGACGGCUGCCAGCAUAUUCGAAAAGUAUGGAGAGAAAUAUCUGUUUCAUCGAGAUUCUUUAGGGGAAACAGCGAUUGGAGUCGUACCUGAACAUGGAACAGGUGACACUGUGGAAGAGGCCAUCAAUGCUGCCGAGGGGUCUGAGAAUCUGGAUCCCCUCGGAGAUUUGGUGACAAAUGAGGAAGAGGAUCUAGCAGUCGAGGAUUCAAACAGGGCCAAGGUCGACGUCCCAGCCGCAUCUGCUUCUUCAGGUGCAGAUCACGUCACUGUCAACGCAUUUGGUCAAAAGAUCCGCAAGAAGAAGAAACCCCAAAAGAGCGCCAAUAAUCAAACAUGGCUCUGGCUGCCCUUGACGUUCAGGCCUGUACCAAAGAAGGGUGAUUUUGAUGUUACACGAUUAAGGGACAGCACCUACUUCUUUUCAUGA